UUCAACUUGUCUGUUUAGAUGUAUUGAAGGAUCCAGUUACAGUGUCCUGCGGGCACAGUUUCUGCACUGGCUGUUUGAAAGGCUGCUGGGAUCAGAAUGAAAGUAAAAGUUCUUACCGUUGCCCUCAGUGCAGACAGACCUUCUCCUCGAGACCGGUUCUGGAAGAACAUCAUGCAGAUAUGGUGGAGAAGAUGAGGGAGGAAGGUGCCGAAGGAGCCUCUCUACCCCACUAUGCCGAGCCUGGGGAUGAAGAAUGCAGUGUUUGCAUUGGGAGAAAGCGCAAAGCCACCAUGGUCUGUCUGGAGUGUUUGGAUUCAUACUGCGAAAGUCACUUCAGAAGUCACGAGGAGCUGUUUUUGACAAAGAAACAUAAAACCGUGAAUGCCACCGCACAAGGCCUACGGGAGAAAAUCUGUGGCCGUCAUAAGAAACUCCUGGAUGUAGGCUAUUUUGCCGUUCUGACCAGCAGUGUGUCUGUUAUGAUUUAUGAAUGUGCACUGGAUGAACACCGGGGUCAUGACACAAUAUCUGCUUCCAUGGAGAGAGUAGAGAAACAGAGGCAAACAAACUUGGAAAUCGCUCAGCUUAUCCAGGAGAAAGAGAAUAAGAUCCAGGAGACAACAACAGCUAUGAAUUCUCUAAUGCUCUCGUCGCAGACACUGGUAGAGCAAAACAGGAGCGACUUCGCAGAGUUCAUCAACUCCAUUAUGGAAUGGUGCUCUAAGGUGGAACAGUGCAUCAGAAGCCAAGAGAAAGCUCAUCUGAGUUACGCCAGAGGACAGCUGUCCAACCUGGAGCAAGGCAUCGCAGGACUGAGGAGGAGGAAAGCUGAACUGGAGCAACUAUCACAGACCGAGGGCGACGUUCAGUUCCUCAAGGUAACAACAUCGUGA